UGUGCUCUCUCCUUACAAUACUGGGUUGAACGAAGAAGGUCUUUAGGACCCAGGGGGACGGCAGGCCACUGCGUGGAGAAGGCGCACACGCGCGCAUGCUACCCAAAAAUGCAUCGCCCCGUGGAGCCGGAGCUCACUCAUUCACAGUUCUUUGGAGAGAGAUGCUAGGCUGAGGCGGACACUCAGAAACCUUCUCACCCACCCAUCUUGGAGGCAAGGGUUCCUGCAAACAACCUCACCCAAGGCGGGGCUUCGUUUUUCCUUACGGCUCUCUAAAGAGAAUGAUGGUGAUACGAGUGAUUCAUUUCUACGGAUGGAUAUCUAAGGAUAUGAACUGAAUCUGAGAGUCCUUGGAUGGGUAUGGAAAACUCCUCAUCGUUGUAUUCUUCAAUAUAUUACAAAAUAUAAUACAAAUUGCACUUGGAUGGAUCACCACAGACUGUUAGUUGAAUGGGACCAGAAUAUCUUCUAAGGAAAUUGCUGAAGUUAAGGAUUUGGAAAAGAGACUUUUGCAAAGAUGACCCAUUUACAUGCUGGUCUCAGCCCAGAGACGAUAGAGAAAGCCCGCCUUGAACUCAAUGAAAACCCAGAUGUUUUGCACCAGGACAUCCAGCAGGUCAGGGACAUGAUCAUCACAAGGCCUGACAUUGGGUUUUUACGUACAGAUGAUGCCUUCAUCCUGAGAUUUCUCCGAGCCAGAAAGUUUCACCAAGCAGAUGCCUUCAGAUUACUGGCUCAGUACUUCCAGUACCGUCAGCUGAACCUGGAUAUGUUCAAAAAUUUUAAGGCUGAUGAUCCUGGGAUCAAACGAGCUCUGACUGAUGGAUUCCCAGGAGUGCUGGAAAACCGUGAUCACUACGGCAGGAAGAUACUUUUGCUUUUUGCAGCCAACUGGGAUCAGAGUAGGAAUUCUUUCAUAGACAUUUUACGGGCUAUUCUGCUGUCCUUAGAAGUUCUCAUUGAAGACCAAGAGCUUCAGAUAAAUGGCUUCGUUCUAAUUAUAGACUGGAGUAAUUUCUCCUUCAAGCAAGCUUCCAAAUUAACACCUUCUAUCCUCAAACUGGCCAUUGAAGGGUUACAGGACAGCUUUCCUGCUCGCUUUGGAGGAGUCCAUUUUGUGAACCAGCCUUGGUACAUCCAUGCCCUGUACACGCUCAUCAAGCCCUUCCUCAAAGACAAGACAAGGAAAAGGAUCUUUCUUCAUGGUAACAAUCUGAAUAGCCUUCACCAGCUUAUACACCCUGACUGCUUGCCCUCAGAGUUUGGAGGGACACUUCCUCCUUAUGACAUGGGCACUUGGGCUCGGACUUUACUUGGUCCAGACUACAAUGAUGAAAACGAAUACACGCACACUUCCUACAACACCAUGCAUGUGAAGCACUCGUCGUCCAACUUGGAGAGAGAAUGCUCACCCAAACUCAUGAAAAGGUCUCAGUCCGUGGUGGAAUCUGGAACGUUGAAACACGAGGAUCAGCAUGAGAAUGAGAACACCCAGCCACUGCUGGCUCUGGACUGAGUCUGAAUUCACCGCAAAGCGCACAACUGCACCAUCAGACUUCAAUGGGACAAGAUACCCAUGAAGCAAAAGACAGGUUUAAUACACAUUAACACACAUUCAGCUUGAAACAAGGCUCUCGGUCUUUGCAGAGCAAGUAAAUGAUCAUCACCAGCCAUCUGUAUGUGUGGCCAAAGCCAAUGGGGAGAUGCCCUGCGGCCCAAGUUCUAAGCUAAUGAGCCUGAUUGUAAAGCAGAGCCCCUCCCUUGUAAUUUUAUGGUUUAUGAUAUUAACAAUGGUUGAAAUGUUAGGGAUAACUUUGUAUGUUCAUGCACUCAAAGAUACAUCAGUUGAGGUUUUCCCAUACUGUUUAAGCAGGGAUAUUCUCCAGUUUUAUUAAAAUGAAAUUUAGAUGCAGUACACACACAAAUAUAUAUAUAUACAUUUCAAGUAAAGGUGUCUUGAGUUUAAAUAUUGCAGCAACAGGCAUAAUUUAGUCUGCAGCAUGGAGAGAACACCUUGAAACCCGUAAGUCCUUACAGAGCUGCCUCCUCUGCGUUUUAUCUACACACAACACACAUACACGCACACAGUAAGCAAUCACCAGCAGAAAAUUGUUCAACUCUGCAAUAUGUGAUCUCAUCACCUCAGCUAUUUGCAGGGGUCACUUAUUACAGUCCCCUGGAAAAUAAAUUCUUAACUUUUAAAAGUACUUAUAAACCUGUCAGCUCAAUGUAAUGACUGGAGUUGGAAACAGACACAGGCAAUUUGGAAAGCAAUUAUUUAAUUUUAACAGUGUGGGAUCCAACCCCCCCCCAAGGCAACUGCAGUAUGUGGGGUAGAUAUGUUGGUUGGGGGGGAAAGGAGGUGUCUGAGCUCAAUGGGAACACUUACUGGUGAUUAAUGUUCCACUCCAGGUCCUUUCAUUUAGGUCAUUCCGGCAAAUGAAAGCUCAGCAGAGCUGUUUAACCAUCUUUUCUCCAGCAAUCAGUUAAAGGUGUAGCCAGAGGGCCUGGCUGACUGCAGAUAUACGCUAUGCUUAUAAUGGAAAGGGAAAACUUGGAAUGAAUUAUUCAAUAUGCCUCCAUUAGAAGGAACCAUGGAAGAACAGAAAAACGUAGAACUGAAAUGCCAAAGAUCAUUUUGCUAUUCCCGUCUUUGCUCUACUUGCGAAAGCAAAUCCCAUUCUUGCAUUGAAAAUAGUAAGGGGGGGACUCCACCAUAUAUAUAUAUAUAUAUAUAUAUAUAUAUAUAUAUAUAUAUAUAUAUAUGCACGCUGUGGCUUUAUUUCUUCAAAGAGCUGGAAACAUGUUUGUUGACAUUUUGCAAUAGUAUGUAACAGCCAGUUAGCAAUCCUUAGCCAAACAGUACAUUUAUGCCAUAUGCCCUGAAGGAUUUGCUCGCUAUCUCAAGGAUGGCCAAGUAACUCUAAAGUCAAGGAUGGGGAACCUGUGACCUUCUAGAUGUCAUUAGACUCCAAGUCCCAGAAGCCUUAGUCACCAUAGCUAAUAGCCAAGGAUGAUGGGAACUGGAGUGCAACAACAUCUGGAGGGCCACAUCCUUCAUCCCUGUCUUUGGUGAAGCUGAGAAACAAUUGCAAUCAUUUAGUAGAAGUCACAUGUAAUGAAUAAAGCCAUGAUAUGUUGCUGGCAUAAUGUUUCAUUGUUAGGGAUAUCAUUCAGAAACUGUUUUAUCUAUUGUGUAGAGCUAAGAUGUUUGUACAGAGUUGCAGCAGAUAUAAUUUAGUUGCAGAUUCUAUUGCUCCAGGGGGCCAAAUAAAAAAAUGAACUUGGUCUCUCUUGUAAAAUCAAAGUUCUAUCAAAUCAGUAAUUAUCAAGUCAGUCUUUUAUUGUUUCUCAGUGAAAUACAGGGUCUCCACCUUUACUACAGGUUUACUUUGGACUGUUGCUUCUGCUGGUAAAGUCCAGAUUGUUUACUAAUCCUUUGUCACAGGGGCCAACAUAAAAAAGCUGCUUAUCAUUCAUAACAGAAAAACUGAGUUUUUACCAAUGUAUCUGUUUUCAGAAAAGUUUGCUGUACUUAACUCUCACUCCUACCACCAUGGACUUUGAACCCUCUGGAAAUGAUGACCAAAUGCAUUGUAAAUUUUGGGGAAGGUUGCAACAAGUAUUAAAAUCUUAGCUAAA